UGGGAAGGAGCCUGGAUAAAUUCUGCAAACAGAGUCUCGACUCUCGAACGAAUGCACAAUUACUAGAGUUGGCCGUUGCAAAUUGCUUGCCGAUCGCGGAGUUCAAGAAUCAAUUACAUAAUCACGAUCGUCGGCCUUGGGCACUUUGCAAGUCGAGUCACGCUGAUCUGACACUCGCGAACUUUGCGUGAAACUCUUGUUCCUGGCUUUGAUUGGCAGAUAGUGGCACUAUAGAGUCUAGGGUUGUGCUGUGCACACUGCACAGCUAGCAGCCCCAUAGCUUCCUGCACCAAUGCUCUCUUCAAAUUCUUCGUCAAUGCAUCCCGUUACUGCAGGCAGUGAACCAGGUCUCGAAGAACUUUUCCCCGGCUCUCCUUCCACACCGUACCCUUGGGGUGCAUCCCCUGCCCACGAAGCUUCUGACAUCGCUCACGUAGCUUUGCCCUUGGUACAGGCUUUUACGGGUGUAAUUCCAGUUGCUGGUACUCCGAUGCACGCAGCUAUUGGCGGAUUGUUGGGAAUCUUUCAAGUUAUAGAUACAUUCAAUAGAAACAAGGCGGCCUUGGAUGACCUAACAUCGCGUCUCUAUCGACUAUACUGCCAUUUGUGCAACGCCCCACCUGCCCUGGAUCCUCUUGAACAUUCUCGGAGAGACCUUUUAGUUAGAAAGCUGGAAGACACCUCAGUCCGCCUGAAAAAGUUGCGAAAACGUCGCCUAGCAUACACAUCUGUCACACAGGCUAUCACCGGAUGCUCGACUGACAUCGACCGUUAUCUGAUGGAGUGUUUGUGGUCGUCCCAAAUGCAAAGUCAACGGGAAACACGCGAACUGCUUAUAAUUUCACGGAGGCGGGAGGAGGAUCUUCAGAACAUCGAACAGUCCUUCGCAGCACUAUCUGUAUUGCCUUUAUCCGGAAGCAUCGCGCCUGGCUGCGUGACACUAGUAGACGCAACAGGCCGCCACCAAGCAAUAUCAGUGAACUGGUGCACCUCAUAUCAGCAACUCAAUUGCAUGCUCCGAGUUCUGUUUGAACGCGAUGCGGUCGAAGCCCAAAUUCAAAGACGAUAUAUAGAAGAAGGAAAGUACGAUUUGUGCAUCGACGAGGGCAAGAAAGUGACCCCACUUACAAGCCACAAAUGGUCGAGCAUUGAACCAGGCACGAAGAUUGUGAUGAGGGUUACCAUUCAACAGGAGACGUCAUCACUAUCUGGAGUCGACUAUCGAUGUCAUUUCUGCGGCGCUGUGAAUCGCCUUGGUGCCAGAUCUGUGAAAUAUGAGUCUCGAGGGCGGACUGUUUGCUCGACUGAAUGAAUGCAAACGAUGCUUCCAGAUCACCCGUAGCUUGACGAACCCGAGAAAACGAUCCCCUCACAGUGACUCCAACCACAAGACUGACGCAGAAACGCUUCUUGUUCGCAACUUUCAUGU